AAACUCAAAAACGAGUUGUCUCGCUUUACGUAUUUAUGGCUUGGACCUUUAACUAUAAUGGUUAGAAACAGACAUGGACGGUUUAUUUUAAACACCUAAUAAUAAACAACUGUGAGAAAGCGGUCACGUUUUGUACCUGUAAAUAACGGUAAAGUUGAGCGACACGAGACAAAACCAGAUAACCCAUACCAACCACUUGUAGAAAGAAAUCAGCAAGGAGGAAGAGACCUACAAGAAAGCCGCCAUGUUUUGUGAUGACAGAUGGGGCCCAAUAUUUCUGAAGGCAGUCAACGUCCUUUUCAUAAUAUUCGGGCUGGCCCUCGUCAUUCCCGGUGUCCUGGUCCUAGUGAACGUAGAUCUGGUCAAUGACAAUGUGCUGCCCCUGAUGAAGGAGCUGACCUACGGGGGCUUCAACCUGGGGGACGUGAUCACCAGCCUGUCCGUGUCCCUCAUCGUGGUGGGCACCAUUGUCCUCAUCAUCGCCACCCUGGGGGCCAUAGGGGCCUUCUGUAACAGACCGGCAUGUCUGGACAUUUAUGCUGGCAUUGUGUUGCUUUUGUUUAUUGCUAAGUUGUUUGCCAUCUUCUUGUGGUUUGAUAUGAAUGCAAAAUUACAGACGCUGAUUAGGACCAACCUGCUGUCCGUUCUACAGACCCAGUACUCGGCCGACGACCUGUCCACCAGUCAGAUCUCCACCGCAUUUAACUACCUCUUCAUGUCGUUUUCGUGCUGUGCGGUGAAUACCCUGAAUGGAACUGUCAAUGAUUUCGACAACUCCCCCUGGAUAACAAGUGGUUCCGCCGGAAGUAAAGAGAUCCCGACAUUCUGUUGUGUGGGCGUGACCCAGGCCUCCUUCUCAACAUUCAAUGAUACCUCUUGUACAGACACAGUCACAGCGAAUUACCAGACGACGGGUUGUUAUGACGCUGUCUACAGUCUCCUCAGCAGCUACUCCAUUGCGUUUAUAGUGAUUGGGAUUUCUGUAUUAGUGAUAGAGGCUCUGGCGGUAGUGACAGCGACUAAUUACACCCACUACAAAACCAAGCAAGAGGAGAGGCUAAGGAGAAAACAAGAGAAAAAGAACAAAGCUUGAUUAACUUGAUUUCAACAAACAAUCACUAAGUGGUACUCCGUUAGCGGGGAUGAUGUUCGAACUGUACCUGUGCAUAUUUAUUCUGGUGCUUAGUUCUCUGUUUAUAAAAUAAUACUUCAAGUUGAUCUUUUUAUUUAUUGUCUAUGCAAUUUAUUACGUUGAUAUACUUAUGAAUGGCAUUGAAACUUCAGUUACAAAUCUAUGUUAUCAAAUUAUGUAAGAUAGGCGUAAUAAAUGUUGAUUGAUUGUUUUGUUUUUCAGAAGAUACUGAAAAUAAAGAAUAAUACCAUAAUAUGAAAAUAUUGUUUUCACGUACACUGUUAUGAUAACUUCUUUGCAUUAAAAAACAAACAACAAAACAUUGCUCGUCCCAUAUUCAUAAUGUAAUUCAUUAUUUUUCACAUGAAAUUAUGACACAACUUGAUAUGUACGUAUGUUUUGAAAAGAUUUUUUGGGAGAUGUUGAAAGCAAACUGUAUGAAAGGCUAUUAAGUUUUCGCCCUGUCUUUUUUUCUCUUAAAACUGUUUUGCCUUGUCUUGAAUUCACACAGACAAUAGAAUAUAUGUUGAAUACUCUUUAAUUUAAGAAUUAUUUUAAAAUUCCCCCGCUGACAAGGAGGGCUAAAGGGGUGGAAAUGAAACGUAUGCGAAUAAAUUAUUUCUUUAUACAUGUAUAUAGUAUUUGUUAAAUAAAAAAGUUACUGGACUGAGAAAA